CAGUCAACCAGCUGAUCACAUCCUGAGGUCCAAUCCCCAGCUUCGACCACUUCCCUUCGAGGUCCCAUAAAAAGUCCCCUUCAACCCAGCUCAAGGCUGCUUUCUCUACUUUCUGAGACAGCCCAGGCUCUCUGCAGCCUGUCCCUUUCCCUUACCUAAGUCUUGCUUAAUUGCUUAAUAAAACUGUUUUGCACUUUAUUCUGUGGCUCUCACCUAAAUUCAUUCCUGCGGGUGCCCAAGGAACCACUUUCUUAGCCAGGGGCCGCAGGUGAGGUACCUGGCCCGGCGACAUCUUUCUGGUGACCCAGAUGGGACCUCAUCAUGGGGACCUCAGAGAUAACUCAUCACCCUCAGAGAAAAAAAAAUCUCUAGAAGUCUGCCAGCAGCAUAGUUCGGUCUACUUUUGGUUCAACGACGGGUGAGUGAGCCUCUUCUGGAGUCCCUCAGCACUUUCCCGCUAUACUUUCCCUCCGUUUUCCUUUGUCUCACUUCUUGGUUGGGAGGGAGGGAUUACUUCACCCUUCCAACCCCGGCCUGGGGUGACGAUCCCUACUCGGUCAGGUUUUCUUGCUCCCGAAAGGGCCACAUGUGCCUUUGGGAAAACUAACCUACUUGCAGAGAGGAUCCAGGAUCUCCCUGUGACCACACCCCCCGGGCAGGGCAGAGUCCCUUUGGGAUAGGACAGUGUAAAGUCUUUUCAUCUCUCUCUCUGGAUCUCUCUUUCCCACGUUUUGUCUAUCCUUUCCAGUCACGUCCACUGAAACAGAGCCACUGCCAAUGGGACUUAACCGAUCGUCGCCUGGGUGACCCGGAUGGCAGCGGUGUACAGGCAACCCUGGAGAGAGGCGGCGACCACUAACUAACCUCUGUCUCUGUCUCUCUCCUUCUCCCCUAUUUCCUUUCCUGGUCUGAUAAAAGGACAAAAGCUGCAAACAGGGUGGGCACAGGUCAAGCAGUUAAAGGCCACCUAAAAGGGUGCUCGCCACCUAAAAGAAGUCACCUGUGACAGAAUAAGCUGGUCACAGGAUGGGGUUAGGUUUUAGCCCCUGCCAGCCACAAGAAAACUUUCACGCCACGAGCAGGAACCCAGUAAAGCACACACAUUCCCAUCCUGCAGCAGCUUCUCUUUUUUGGCAUAUAGAUCACCCACAAUCAGGCCUCCUUACACCUCUCCCUCUUUGACACCCUGGGCAUCUGUUGGGCUCUCCAACUAGGGCAAACUCCGGGAUUGCUCCAAGCUGUUCUCCAGCUCAGCCCUCCCUGUGUUCUCUGCCACUCAUUUCCUUAUUUUCUCUGCAACAGUGCUUACGCCCGCUGCCCAGGUCUUGCCUGUCCUGAGGUAUAUGCCUUCUGCUACCUGAGCCAACCCCAUUAAUAUCGGCCUCUCAGUGGUUUACUCCAGCACUGCUUAAGAAGAGGUUGGAGUAAUCGGGACUUGGAAAAUCUGUUUCUUUCUUAUUACCACCACCUCCUGCAUACCUAGUGCACACAUCCAGGCCUGGGACUUUCAACAAGUGGUAAAACUAAUUCGCUCUGCUCAUCUUAAGGGACAUUCUCUUCCUUCUCUCCUUGACACACACUCUGCCUGGGAACAAGGGUCCUUUUUCCUCCAGUCCCUGGCGCCACACUAUGCUAACCCUGAGCCGCUUCUCCCAUACCCGGAUCUCUCUGAUCUCCAGUGUCCACAGGGACAUCACUGCUGCCUUUGCCAAAACAGCAGCUGUCUCAAGACACCUCGCAAUUCUCCUACCAAAUUCUCUUGCUUACUGAAACACCUCUUCAGCCAGAUCAGACAUCCUGACAUCUGAGUUUUUCACAGAUCCAGCCAACUCUUUCUCAUCCACACCUACCUCCAGUCUUUCCAACUAAAAGCCCCUUUCACCCUUCAGGAGUGGGCUCACCUCUCCCUCCCGUGCCACCAAGAUCAGAAAGGGGGCUGGCAGUGGGAACGGGAACCGGGACACCAAUAGGAGCCUAUAGAACCCCUGUCUCCUCUGGACACCCUAACCAAACAAGGGGGCCACCGAGAGCAUCCCAAGGGACUCCCCACUGAGGUGUCUCUUGGGUCACUGGGACCAAUUUAAAGCAGAUGGUCUAACAAAAAGAAAACUCAUAUUUUUCUGUAAGACAGCAGGGCCCCAAUGUAAGUUGGGGGACUGGGAGUUCUGACCCCUAAAUGGCUUCCUAAGCUAUAAUACCAUUCUACAAUUGGAUCUCCUCUGUAAGAAACAAGGAAAAUGGAAUGAGAUCCCAUUUGUACAAGCCUUCAUGGCCCUCUACCAAAACCUUGGAUUGAGGGCCACAUCCCCGGUAUGUGUGGUCAUAACUACUCCACCUGGUGAGCCAGACAUACUAGAUGACCCCCACCCCCAACCAGGAGGGAACCUUUGGUCCCUCUCGAGUCCCCCACAUCGUCUGACUCUCGGGGGGGACCCUCACAUCCCCCACCUUAUAGCCCCAGUAGUGCAAGUAGUUCUGCAGGAACCACGCACAGCGGGACUACCUACAGCCUGGAGAAGGUGAAGUCCUCUCCUUGCAUGAGGUCCCUAAUCCCAAGGGAGAAAUUACGCGGGUCCAUGUGCCCUUCUCCAUGGCUGACCUAACUGCCUGCUGAGACAAGCUUGGUAGAUUUUCAGAGGAUCCCUCCCACUUUGUUAAAGAAUUUGAGGGUCUAACUCUCUCGUUCAGCCUAACCUGGGCUGACAUACAUGUCAUCUUAUCCACCUGUUGCACGGUGGAAGAAAAACAAAGAAUCUGCAGAUCAGCCUGGCAAUAUGCCGACUCACAGGCAGCCCACGGCCCUGGACAUCUUGUCCACUGAGUGGGAGGUGAAUCUGUUCCAGAUCAGGACCCCCAUUGAAAUUACCAGAAAGGAAGUAGAGACCUAGAAAGGAGAAACCGCCGCAUUACUUGUUUGAUUGAAGAGAUGAAAAGCAUGUAGUGAAACCCAUCAGUUAUGACAGGAUCCGGGAGAUAACCCAAGGAAAAAACAAAAAUCCCACCUGUUUCACCAGAGAUUGGUAGAAGGUUUAAAGAAGUAUACUAAUACUGCCCCUGAGUCACCUGAAGGGAGACUCUGUUAGAGAUGCAUUUCAUAACUCAGUCAGCCCCAGACAUCAGGAGAAAAUUUCAAAAAGCUGCUCUGGGACCCCAGACACCCAUCAAUCAGUUGAUAGACAUGGCCUUCGGAGUGUUUAACAAUCAGGACUGGGCAGAGGAGGCAGAGAAGUCUUGGAGAACUAAAUAUAAGGUCCAAUUGUUGGCCGCAGCUUUGGGCGCCAAGCCACGUCAGGGUUACCAGGUGAAAGACCCUAAGGCAAGGGCAGCACCAGGGAAGCCCUGGUCAGAGCCACUGCCUUGCCAGAGCUCUAAGCGAGGAAACUGUCGCCUCUGUGGACAGGAGAGACACUGAAAGCAGGAGUGUCCUCAGACUAAGUCCAUGCCCACCACACCUUGUCUGCUCUGUGGACAUGUGGGCCACCGGAGGAAGGACUGCCCCCAGUCCUCUCCAGGGCCGGGAACAUUCCGAAUCCUACUGUCUCAUGAAGACGAUUGAUGGGGUCCAAGACCUCCUAAGGCUUCCGCUGAACGGCUCGUCAUCACACCACAGGAGCCUCGGGUAACCUUUGACGUGGCAGGUGAGUUUUUCCAUUAUCGCCGACUUCUCUCUGUGGGAAAGGGACUGGAACGACUUCUCCCAGACCUCCCCAGCUCCCAUUUCCACAUUCAGACUCCCAGCGGACUACCUGCGGGUUAGAAAGUACUAUUGCAACGCAGACAACUCGGAGCUGCUCGCGCUGUUCUCGCGAGAAUUGGUUCCAGCUGAUCAUGUGAUAAUCCAAGAUGGCGGUGCCCAGCGAGGCAGAGAAGGAAGCGCCAGUUUACUUAAUAGUGAGCGGUAUCCCUUCGGAGUUGCGCUCGGCCCAGCUACGGAGCUACUUUAGCCAAUUUCGGGAACAGCGCGGCUGUGGCUUCCUCUGUUUCCACUACCGGCAUCGGCCUGAGCGGGCCCCUCCCCAGGCUGCUCCUGACUCUGCUCUAACUCCUACCGGCCAGGUUCUCGCUGAGACUUCGGUCACCGAUGCCCGCGCUCUCUCCACUCGGGACUCUGCUCCCGCCCAGACCCGCACCUGCUGCUGCGUCAUCUCGGUACCGGGGGCGGCUCAAGCCCAGAGGCUUCUUCGCAUGUACUCCGGCCGCCGUUGGCUGGAUUCUCAGGGGACUUGGUUGCCCGGUCGUUGUUUCAUCCGCAGACUUCGGCUACCUACUGAGGCAUCAGGUUUGGGCUCCUUUCCCUUCAAGACCCGGAAGGAACUGCAGAGUCGGAAGGCCAAGAGUGAAGCCUUCACUCUGGCCGACCUGAGGCAACUGCCAGAGCUGAACCCACCAGUGCUGAUGCCCAAUGGGAAUGUGGGAACUCCCCUGGGGGUUUUUUUGGAGUUGAUCCGGGCCUGCCGCCUACCCCCUCGGAUCAUCACCCAGCUGCAGCUCCAGUUCCCUAAGACAGGUUCCUCCCGGCGCUACGGCAAUGUACCCUUCAGGUAUGAGGAUUCAGAGACUGUAGAGCAGGAAGAACUUGUGUACACCGCCGAGGGCGAGGAAAUACCCCAGGGAACCUGCCUGGCAGACAUACCAGCCAGCCCCCGUGGAGAGCCUGAGGAGGAAGGGGAAAAGGAGGAGGAAGAAGAGUCACACUCAGAUGAUGACGAUGACCGGGGUGAGGAGUGGGAGCGGCAUGAAGCACUGCAUGAGGACGUGACCGGGCAGGAGCGUACCACGGAGCGGCUCUUUGAGGAGGAGAUCGAGCUCAAGUGGGAGAAGGGUGGCUCCGGCCUGGUGUUCUACACUGAUGCCCAGUUCUGGCAGGAGGAAGAAGGAGACUUUGAUGAACAGACAGCCGAUGACUGGGAUGUGGACAUGAGUGUGUACUACGACAGAGAUGCUGGAGACAAGGAUGCUCGAGACUCUGUCCAGAUGCGUCUGGAACAGAGACUCCGUGAUGGCCAGGAGGACGGCUCUGUGGUCGAACGCCAGGUGGGCACCUUUGAGCGCCACACCAAGGGCAUUGGGCGAAAGGUGAUGGAGCAGCAGGGCUGGGCUGAGGGCCAGGGUCUUGGAAGCCGGGGCUCAGGGGUGCCUGAGGCCUUGGAUAGUGACGGCCAGCACCCCAGAUGCAAGCGUGGAUUGGGGUAUCAUGGAGAGAAGCUACAGCCAUUUGUGCAACUGAAGAGGCCCCGCGGAAUCGGCUUGGGGCUCAUCUCCACCAUCUACGAUGAACCCCUACCCCAGGACCAAGGGGAGCUGCUGCUCCGCCGCCAGCCACCCACCAGCAUGAAGCUUCGGACAGACAUGGCCUUUGUGAGAUGUUCCAGCUGUGCCUUGGACACCAACUCAGAGCCCGAGUGAUGACACAUUCAGGGGCUUCCUUAGUCAGGGUCACUCAUAGCUGCAGUGGCAGCCCCCUGCCGGGACUCCCUCCGGAGUAGAAAGAACUCUGGGAGUAGCAAUCUGCACAACUUGUUCAGGGUGCUUUGUUCUGAACUUGCCUUCAGGCUCUCUACCUCAAGGGCGUUUUUACAAAAAGUCCCGCUAUCCUCCUCCCUUUUGAUAUUAGGGCUUAAUGACCUCUCCUCCUUGGUCUCCUAACCUUAGUUCCUGUUUAGACCUGCCCGUUGCCUCCCCCAGUACCUUGAAAGGCUGGACUGACUGAGGCUAUGAGCACAACCUUCAUUGGCGGGUCACUAUGAAGGCCAGAAAGUGGGAGGAAGAGACCUGGGAGAGGAGAGGGUUUGUGGGGCUGGGAAGAGACGGUCUUGGGGCGUGCCCUCCCACGCCUCUACCCUUACCCAGCUGCGUCCGGAGAGUCCGCGGGAGGUGGUCGGGUCUGCGACCUAACGGGAGAGUAAAGGUUUGACUGGG